CAUCUGCGACGAUAUCGCGCGCCGAAGGAGCAGCGUCAGAUCAUUCGAAUGGUUUUCGCACCUUGUGUUUUCGCUCUGGUGGCAUUCUUCGAAGUCUUAAGCUAUGAAAUUGCACCAUACAUUGAUCCACUGGGCGACCUCUACGAAGCUUUUGGACUUUGCGCUUUAUUUCUGCUGUAUCUGCAGUACGCAGCACCGAACGGCACCUUCGACGAUGAGACGUUCGAAGCAGUCAAAGCAGCCCAGGAAGGCAAAGCUGUGAAUUUUGAUUUUGGCAGAAUCAGCUGGUGUUUUGGUGAGUUUAGCCUGGGUGUGAAACUACCCUUACAGAAUGACAUUGCUGACGGCUCACAUGCAGUGUUCCAAUACCCCGUCUUGGAAUUGCUGUCAUUAAUCAUCCUUGAAGCAACGCAGGCUUCUGGCCAUUACUGCGUCCAGUCGCUGAGUCCUCGUUUUGGUCAUCUAUGGGUAACCGUGAUUUCCAGCGUUGGUGUUGGUGCCUGUGUGCUCGCAAUUCUCCGGUUCUACGGACGCAUGACAACCCGGAUAAAAGUCCGCAGAGGCCUGGCAAAGCUUGUGUGCUUUAAGUUGAUCGUGGCCCUUCGAUUCUUCCAGAGUCUGGUCUUCAGCAUCUUGCUCGAUCACGAUGUGAUCAAGACUAGCAGCACAUUUGGGUACAACGACAUCCUAUACGGACUUGAGAAUUCCAUCACUUGUGCUGAGAUGGUUGUGUUAUCGUUGGGAUUUUGGUAUGCCUACUCCUCGACGGAGUAUGGAUCCCACUCCAAGUCCUUGAGCCCACGCGUCCUGAUGUACAAGGCUGUGUUGGACGCGAUAAAUCCCUGGGAACUCAUUGUUGGCAUCUUCCGGAUCUUCACCGUUAUCACUCAUUUGCGAGUGACAGGCGGGUUUCAGGAUUGGAAUGCCCACAAAGAGCAAGUGAAAGCGGAUAAGCGGGCGCAGAAGAUGAAAGGCCGGUAUCAGACGCUCGAUGGCAUGGAGUCGCUCGCGCAUCCUGGUGCGUCCCAUGGCCGGUCGGGCUCGAGCUCCCAAUUUGAGGACACCACUCCUGCUGUGUGGCAUUAUUCGGUCGGGGGCCACCCGAUUCGUCAGGCCCCAGCAACAUCGCCGCCGGCGUAUCAAGACGGCGAUCUAAUGGCAGAGUCACGACCUGGUCAAAGGACAUUUGCUAACGGCGGCGUCUGGGAUGGAAGGUGCUACGAGAGGAGUCGGUCGCCUGAAAGGUUAACGGAGGACGCUGCUGCGCGACGAGAUAUGGUUUAG